CUUUCUUUUUUCUCUUUUCCAUAGCUCAUUGAACAAUGACAAAGGAUUCAACGCCUUCUUUGUUUGUACAUAGUCCUGUUCGGGAGACACUACAACGACUUGUUCAGAGCCAGAUGCUAUGGACAGCACCUUUGAUAGCCAUCUCAUUUGCUUCUCUUGUACGUUGGAUUGUUUCACUCUAUCCUUAUUCAGGAUACAACAUGCCACCCAUGUAUGGUGAUUAUGAAGCACAACGACAUUGGAUGGAACUUACAAUCCAUUUACCUACUUCCAAAUGGUAUUGGUAUGAUCUACAAUGGUGGGGACUCGACUAUCCGCCUUUGACAGCAUAUCAUAGCUGGCUUUGUGGUAUCAUUGGAUCAAAAAUAAACGCGUCUUGGUUUGCUUUAGAUACAUCAAGGGGUAUUGAAACACCAGCAAGUAGACUCUUUAUGAGAUCCACUGUGAUUGUAUCUGAAGCAUUGGUUUAUAUUCCUGCUGUGUUGGUAUUUUGUCAAAUUGUAUAUGGCUCUAAUGGGUAUUUGAAGAAACAUAUGGCAGCCGUUUUGAUACUUAUGCAACCAGGUUUGAUUAUGAUUGAUCAUGCUCAUUUCCAAUUUAAUUCUGUCAUGUUGGGUCUUGCUUUGUGGACCAUCAAUUGCUUCUUGACCAAACAUUUUGUGUUGGGAUCCAUUUUCUUUUGUUUGUCUUUGGGAUUUAAACAAAUGGCCUUGUAUUAUUCACCAGCAGUAUUUGCCUUUCUCUUAGGAAGAUGUUUUACUGAGCCAAAAGGUUUUAUUUUGUUUGUCAAUUUGGGUAUUACUGUUAUCGUUACAUUUGGUAUCUUGUUUUCCCCUUGGCUAACAUCCUUGGAAGGUAUCAAACAGGUCUUUAUUCGCAUCUUUCCUGUUGCUCGUGGGCUGUAUGAAGACAAAGUAGCUAACGUCUGGUGCGCCCUUAAUAUUGUUGUCAAAUUAAGGCAAAUCCUCAGCCUUGAGUCUACUAUGCGCCUUAGUUUACUGGCUACACUUGCUGUGGUUAUUCCCGUUUCGAUUCACUUGGGCAUAGCACCCUCCAGAAGACGUUUCUUAUAUGCUAUGCUGAACUCGUCACUUGGUUUCUUUUUAUUUUCAUUCCAAGUCCAUGAAAAAUCCAUUUUGCUUCCCCUUUUACCUGGUACUCUACUUGUUCUAGAAGAAUCAAUUGCUACCUCCAUUUUUGUUAACACAGCCAUGUUUAGCAUGUUCCCAUUACUAAAGCGCGAAGGACUAGUGAUCCCUUACUUUAUAACAACAUUUAUGUGGAACUGGCUUGUAGGUGGUUAUGGUCCUGAUGUUGGUUUGGUUACUCGAUUAGGCACUUGUGGUGUUCAUACAUUGUUUAUAUGCUGGCAUAUUGCAGAAGCACUUGUGGAUCCACCUGCAGGACUGCCUGACCUCUUUACAGUAAUGAAUGUCAUGAUAAGUUGUGGCGCUUUUUCACUCUUGUUUUGCUACUAUCUUUAUCGCCAAUUCACAGUGACACCUUUCAUUGCUUCUUCACCACCAAAGAAAAAGACACAAUAAAUUAAAAUACCGUUCUUCUUUUCGUUCAA